GUGUCUCUCAACCACUUGAGUCCGUGGCUCGGCGGCGGUCCUCCCGAGAACGGCGAUUCGCCCACCAAUUCGUCCAACGGAUCCAAUGGACAGCAAAUAUCUCUCGAGUGCAAAGUGUGGCGAAACCCGAUGUCUUUGUUCCGCGGCUCGGAAUACAACCGCUUCGGCUCUUCCACGCAGAAGGAGGCGCUCACUUAUUACGACAUGAAUCUGUCGGCUCAGGACCACCAGACCUUCUUCACGUGCGAGGCGGACGUCGGCCGCCCCGAGUUCGAGAUCAUGCAAACCGCGUGGCGAGAGAGAGAUCCGCACGUGAGGAUCAAAGCGGCGAAAGAGGCGCUCGAGAAGAGCGCGGACUGCGCGCCCGCUUUCAUACUGCUGGCCGAAGAGGAAGCGGUCACUGUUCUGGAGGCCGAGAAACUGCUGAAAACGGUGACGGCAACGAUGGAAGUGAUUUCGUUGGCCGACAAGAGGGACGCGUUGGCCGCACAACUGUCGGGCGGAAUGAAGCGGAAGCUGUGUCUGGGAGUGGCAAUGGUGGCCAACUCGCAGAUCCUGAUUCUGGACGAGCCGACGAGCGGAAUGGAUCCCGAGGCCAGACGCCAUAUUUGGGACGUUCUGCAGAACAUCCGUUCGGAGAGAACUAUUCUGUUGACCACUCACUACAUGGAAGAGGCGGACCAAUUGGGCGACAGAAUCGCGAUAAUGAGUUCAGGGCUCGUGAAGUGUUGCGGAAGUCCGAUGUUUUUGAAGCGAGUGUUUGGCGCCGGAUAUCACGUGAGAAUCGCGAAGGACUCGGAAUUCGAAUCAAAAAGCGUUUUACAAGUGAUUCAAAAACACAUGAAAAGCGCGAAAAUAAAGUCCGAAAUCCAUUCGGAAAUCAUUUAUUCGUUGGAAAGCGACGAAAGGAAAGAGAAUUCGAGCGCUUUUUUGGUCCAAUUGUUCACCGAAUUGGAGAACAGGAAAGCGGAACUCAAGAUCAACACGUGUGGACUCACAGUGACCACAAUGGAGGACGUGUUCCUCAAAGUGGGCGCAGAGUUGGACGAGAAUUGCGACGAAAACCACGCUUUCGUCGAUCCGAAAGCUCUCCUAAUGAAUGAAAUGGAGAAGAAUACGGGAUUUUCGCUUUGGUUUCAACACUUUUACGCCUUGUUGUUGAAGCGCUUCCAUUACGCGAAGAGGUAUUGGCCGAUGGUGUUAUUGCAAUCGGUGGUUCCCGGCAUUCUCUUCAUGUGUAUCCUUCUUCUGGAUCAGUCGAUUAAGAAUAAUUUGGUGACAGAAACGCGGGAUUUGAAUUUGGAGCUCAAAAUGUACGAAAAGACGAAAGGAUUCGUGAAUCGAGAAAUUCCUUCGCUUUUCCCCUCUUUCGUGGAAACUGCGAAAUCGCGAGACGUUUUCAUCACUCCUAUUGACGAGAAUCCCAACGAUUGGACUCUCAGUGAUCAACGGCUGGACAGCGAUAUCGGCAGAUAUUUGACCACUUUUCUGGUCGGCGCGCAAAUCAACGGAACCGAAGAAUCGCUUUCGUUGGUUCCGUGGUAUAACAAAGAAGGCGUGCAUUCGCUUCCCGUUUCCAUAAACCUGUUGUACGAAUCCAUUCUUCACCAACUGUUCCCAAAAGACAAUCCCACGAUAGAGAUGCACAACCACCCGAUCGCCACGGAUCAGACCAACACCGCCAUAAUGAUGGUCAGAGUGACACUCAUUGUCUCGUGUCUAUUACUCGUUCCGCUCACCGUUCCCUUAAUCGGCGCCUCUUACGUCCUCUUCCCGAUUCACGAGAGAGUUUCCAAUUCAAAACUCUUGCAACUAAUGACUGGCAUCUCUUCGGCCACGUUUUGGGCCGCGAGCUUCUGCUUCGAUCUCUUCAACCAUUUCAUCGCUUCCGUCUUUUUGUUCGUCAUUUUCGCGAUCUUCGACUCAAACAAAGUGUUCAUCGGAACAGUGAGCAACGGUUCGGGACUCUUCCUCAUGUUCUUUUUGUUCGGCGUUGCGGCCAUUCCGUUGGCGUAUCUCUUUUCGCUGCGCCUCUCACUGCCGUCCACGGGUUACGCCACUCUCGUCAUAAUUCUGCUGCUGACGGGUCUCGUUCUGGUGCUCACGUUCGGCAUUCUCGACCUGAUGCUGCUCUCGGGCUCUGACGUGAUGUCACGCGACACGUUGGACGCGCUGGUCAUGACUGCGCGCGUUUUGCCCGUCUUUUCCAUGAGUUUCGGCAUUCAAAAGCUCUAUAAAGUCGGGUCCUAUCAGAAGGCGUGUUUGGAUUCGGCGAAAGAAACGCUUCUCAAAGUCUGCAUUCCGACGCUCAGAACCGACGAUCCGUUUUACGGCUGUUGCGAUAACCUGUGUCGUCACAGAGGAGAGUGUUACGACCAGUUGAACGCUCUUCGCUUCGACGAGAAAGGCAUAAACAGCGUGGCCGUGGAGUUCCUUUUCCUGAUCGGUUCCGGAAUUGUCUUUCUUCUCAUUCUUUGGUUAAUUGAAGGAAAUUUCGAGAAAAUUCUUUACGCUUUCGAAAAAUAUCGAAAGAAACCCAGAAUUCAAAACAAUUCAACGAUUCUCGCGAUGAAUAACGAGAACAUUGUCGAAGACCGUGACGUCAGCGACGAGAGGAGACGAGUCGUCGACUUGACGAACAACUUCUCGCUCUUAACGAAAGACGCGAUUGUUGUGAAAGAGUUGAGCAAAACUUUCGGAAAACUGAUUCCUUUUCGAGCCGUAAAUCAGUUGUCGUUUUCCGUCCGCAAAGAAGAGUGUUUCGGACUGUUGGGAGUGAACGGCGCGGGAAAGACCACAACCUUCCGCAUGUUGACGGGCGACGAGACGCUGUCGGCGGGAAACGCGUGGAUCGACGGCUUGUCUUUAAGACAGGAGUUGAAAGAGUUCCAGAAGAGAAUCGGCUAUUGUCCGCAAUUCGACGCUCUGUUGUCGAAAAUGACGGGAAAAGAGACGCUUUACAUGUUCUGUCGGUUGCGGGGAAUGAAAGAGCGCGCGAUCGAGAGCUAUGUAAGGGAUUUGGUGGAAAUGGUGGAUUUGCAACAACACGUGAACAAAUGUACGCAACAAUACAGCGGCGGCAACAAACGCAAACUCUCGCUCGCCAUCGCGUUGUGCGCCGCGCCGCCCGUCAUCUUCUUGGACGAGCCCACGUCGGGAGUGGACCCGUCGGCCAGGAGGAAGAUUUGGGCGACGCUUUCGUCUCUGCAGGAGAAAUACGGAUCGGCUUUCAUUCUGACGUCACACUCGAUGGAAGAGUGCGAGGCUCUGUGCGCGCGCGUGGCCAUCAUGGUCAACGGCCAGUUCCAGUGCUUGGGAUCUGUUCAGCACUUGCGGUCAAAGUUCGGACAGGGAUUCACUGUGAUGGCGAAACUGAAGCGCGAGUUCGCUGACGAUCCGCAAUAUAUGCGCGAAAUUCAACUGCGAUUUCACGAGCGGUUGCCGUCGGCGCUGUUGAAGGACGCGCACCAAUGUCUGCUCCAUUACCACAUCACCGACGCGUCCACCAAAUGGUCGCAAAUGUUCGCAAUUAUGGAACGAAUGAAAGCCGAGUUCUGUUUCGAGGAUUACGUCAUUUCCGACACGACCUUCGAGCAGAUCUUCCUGUCGUUCGCGCGGAAACAGAGACAGCAAUAG